UUUAUGACAGAGGAUGAUACAAAACCUAUAGGCACGAGUGCCUCUGUAAACCCAACAUCAAAGCGGUCGGCGGGACAGGACGAAAGGGGCAUCGCUAUACUGCCACACUUUCAGAGAGCCCGCGUUCAUGGGGUAAAAGUUAUCCACAGCGACGGAGGAAAGCAUAUCGGCGAAACGGCACGACUGCGCACAACGCGACGUUCAUCGACUCCUUCAGCUGUUGGGAAUAUGCGGUGCAAACGGCUGACGCAUGUCGCGCGCUGCUGAUGUAUCUGCAAAAAGCAGGAGCAAGUCGCAUCGCAUCGACAGCAUGUCCCGUCGGAAGCAAGCGAGGCCACAGCAUCUCAAGUCGGACGACGAUCCUCCAAUACUGGGGGUAGUUUCGGAAAAUGUCUCAGGCGAGGUCUUGGACGACGCGGACAGCGGGAACGAGAGCCGCAGCGGGAGCGAGGAGACACACGUGUGUGAGAAGUGCUGCGCCGAGUUCUUCAAGUGGUCCGAUUUCUGCGAGCAUCUGAAGAGCUGCACUAAGAACCCGCUCGUGCUCAUCGUCAACGACGAUGAAGUCACGCCCGACCCUGCGCGGGAGUACCCGAUGGAGCCCUCGCCCGUGCCCAGCUGCCCGAGCGAACCGGCGGACAGCGAGGAGGCGGGGGAGGGCCGCCACACCCCGCCCGGGUCGGACGAGGGGGCCGAGGUGACCCUGGAGCGGACAGCCGUCCUGGAAAAGGAGGACGAACCCAUGCAGGUGGAAAUGUCUCCGGAGAAAGCGCCGGACCCCGAGGACCCGGACGAGUCGCCGAAGCCGGACGUCAGCCUACCUCAGCUGGAGGACGCAGCCCCGCCCUCGGGGGCGGGAUAUAACAUGCCCACUACCAAUGUCACGCUAGAGACUCUGCACGGAACCCGAGUGGCAGUGGCACAGUUCUCCCAGAGCUUCCGCGGGGCGGUAGCCGGCGGUGUGUCCACCAUGGCCGUUCCCAUGAUCCUCGACCAGCUGAUGGCUUUGCAGCAGCAGCAGAUCCACCAGCUCCAGCUGAUAGAGCAGAUCCGCAGCCAGGUGGCGCUAAUGAACAGGCAAGCCCCGGCACCGUCGUCUGUCGGCCAUCACUCGCACCACAGCGCGAGCGCCGGCUCUCAGGCGGCUCCGUCCGCCGGCCUUCCCACGAUGCCCGGCCAGCUCCAGCUGCACGGGUUCAUUACACCACCUGUGCACCAGCUGCCCAUCAGGGUGCCGCCCACUCUGAACGGCCAGGGUCCCGCCUCCUUGUCCUCCGCUUUGGAAGGGGGCCACUCCCACGUCUCACAGACGAGCGGCCAGCUGUCCAGUUCUGUAAUGAACAGCAACUCCUCGAGCGGCUCUUCAUAUCCGCCCUCCAGCUGUAGUGUCGGCCCUUCCCCGCUACCGCCCACUUUGGUCACUAGCGUCAGCACCAACAGCAGCAGCGCCGGCGCUGCCGGCGCUGGGAUCGGUAUCAGCAGCGCCGUUUCCCUCCCGAGAAACACCUCGAGUCCUCCUGCACUGACCCACGGAAGCCUGCUGAACUCCCCUUCCAACCUCCCCCUGAUUCCUCACAGUUCCUCCAGCAGCGUCAUCUUCCCCAACCCGCUGGCCAGCAUCGCUGCCACGGCCAACGCCCUCGACCCUCUGUCCGCCCUGAUGAAGCACCGCAAGGGCAAGCCGCCCAACGUCUCCGUAUUCGACACCAAGCCCAGCUCAGAUGACCCCUUCUUCAAACACAAAUGCAGGUUCUGCGCCAAGGUGUUUGGAAGCGACAGCGCCUUGCAGAUCCACCUCCGCUCCCACACCGGAGAACGGCCCUUCAAGUGCAACAUUUGUGGUAAUCGCUUCUCUACAAAAGGGAACCUGAAGGUUCACUUCCAGCGGCACAAAGAAAAGUAUCCGCACAUUCCGAUGAACCCCUAUCCGGUGCCUGAGUACUUGGACAAUGUGCCGACCAGCUCAGGUAUUCCUUACGGUAUGUCGCUGCCUCCCGAGAAGCCAGUCACCACGUGGCUUGACAGCAAGCCUGUUUUGCCCACGGUCCCGACCACGGUGGGACUGCAGCUUCCUCCGACCCUCCCCAGCAUGAUAGGGGGCUACGGAGAUUCACCAAGUCUCACUCCCAUCAGCAGGUCGCCCCAGAGACCCUCACCACCCUCGAGUGAAUGUGCCUCCCUGUCCCCGAACGUACUCAGCACUGAAGCCAGCACAACCCUCACUUCAGCGUCUCCGCAGCCCGACGUGGGGAGCGACGCCCCUCCGGUUCUGAAGCCGGAGGGGAUCCGUUUGCCACCCAACUGCUCCACCAGGCCCGGGGAGUCCAACACGUCCGCUGCCGCCAUGACCCAGGUCACCCUGUCCGCCACCGUCACUACCACGACCGGCGCCGCUGGUCAGAUCACGGACCCCACCACCCCUCCUUCCUCUGCCGCUCACCCUUCCCUCCCGAUGCUCUCGGAUCAGUUCAAGGCCAAGUUUCCUUUCGGCGGCCUCCUGGACUCUAUGCAAACGUCGGAGACCUCAAAGCUGCAGCAGCUGGUGGAGAACAUCGACAAGAAGAUGACAGACCCGAACCAGUGCGUCAUCUGCCAUCGUGUGCUCAGCUGCCAGAGUGCCCUCAAGAUGCACUACCGGAUCCACACGGGCGAGAGGCCUUUCAAGUGCAAAAUAUGUGGCCGCGCUUUCACCACAAAGGGCAACUUGAAAACGCACUUUGGGGUUCACAGGUCCAAGCCGCCCUUGCGGGUGCAGCAUUCAUGCCCUAUAUGCCAGAAGAAGUUCACAAAUGCCGUAGUGCUGCAGCAGCACAUCCGCAUGCACAUGGGAGGGCAGAUUCCCAACACGCCUCUGCCCGAGAGCUUCCAGGACAUGGACGCGGAUUUCUCCUUCGACGAGAAGAGCGUGGACGACAUGAGCAACUACGACGACGAGCUUAUCGACGAGAUGGAGCAGGCCAUGGAGGACGAGGCGGACGUUAAAGACGGGGAGGCCGACCCGUCCAAGCCGGUGCUUUCGUACGGAGACCUGUCUCCCGGCAGCUCUCCCCCGACCUCGGUCAUCUCCAGCAUCGCCGCCCUGGAGAACCAAAUGAAGAUGAUCGACUCCACGGCGAACAUGAGCCGCGCCUUCGGCCUGAAGCCCUCGGAGAACGGCGGCGGCCUCGGUGGGGAGGGCGGGGACGUGUUGUUCGCCAACGACUCGUCCUCGGCUGUGGGAGACGUGGAGAACCAGAGCGUGGGCAGCCCUGCCCUGUCCGAGUCCUCGGGCUCCAUGCAGGCCCUCUCCCCUGCCCGCAGCCAGCCGGAGAGCCAUUGCUCCAGAUCUCCUGGCCUCGCCAACAACAGCAGGGGCAACUCGGAGGACCCCCAGGACCCCGGCACGGCGACUGCCACGGUGAAGUCCGAGAAAUCUGAGACUCCUUCUCCGGGCUCGGUCCCGGCGGAGCACUCCGGAGCGCUGGACCUCACGGCUGCCCAGCCCAGCAGGCCUUAUAUUAAAGAAGAGAACCAGUUUAGCAUGCUGUUCCUGGGCAGAGACAGAGGCUUAAGCGCGCCGAGCCUGAUGGGCGCGGCGCAGAGCGUGGUGAAGCUGGAGAUGAACGGCCACGGCAAGCCGCUGUCGCUGAGCGAGGGCGCCCACUUGCACACGGGCCUACAGGUGCCCGCUGCCGCCCCGCGGACGAGCGUGAGCCCCAGCCUCACGCCCAUGCUGGUACCGCCACCUCCGCGACGGACCCCCAAACAGCACAACUGCCAGUCCUGCGGGAAAAACUUCUCGUCAGCCAGCGCCCUGCAGAUCCACGAGCGCACUCACACGGGAGAGAAACCCUUCGCCUGCUCCAUCUGCGGCAGAGCCUUCACUACCAAGGGCAAUCUCAAGGUCCACAUGGGCACUCACAUGUGGAACAACGCUCCAGCGCGGCGAGGCCGGCGCCUUUCGGUGGAGAACCCUAUGGCCCUGCUUGGCGGCGACAGCAUGAAGUUCAGCGAGAUGUUCCAGAAGGACCUGGCAGCGCGGGCCAUGAACGUAGACCCCGGAUUCUGGAACCAGUACGCGGCCGCCAUCACCAGUGGCCUGGCCAUGAAGAACAAUGAGAUUUCCGUCAUUCAGAACGGUGGUAUCCCGCCGCUGCCCGUCAGCCUGGGGGGGGGCAGCAUCCCCUCUCUGGGGGGCAUGUCCGGAGGCAUGGAGAGAGCGCGCACUGGGAGCAGUCCUCCCAUGACUGGCCUAGAGAAGACGAGCCUGGAGGUGGGAACUGGACGUCCUUUCUCCAGGUUUAUGGAGGACAGCAAAGAAAUUGGAAUCAAUUAACAGGGACAGCACGGAAGGACGAACGUGGAAAGUUGUUCUUUAUCUAGUUUGGUCUUAUGUACUAUAUUAUGUACAGCUGAAGUUUGAUAUUCUGUUUGGUUUUGGAUCUAUGGUAUUCGAUAUUGAGUAGAGGUAAUUUCCCACCCUCCCAUUCCUCCUGUUACACCUACGAAGAAAAAACGUCUCAUGUUUGAGAAUCUGUUGUCUUGCAAGAUUUGCAUGGUACUUAUCGGUUCUUAUCAGUUCCUUUCGACUGCUUUUAAGGACUAUGUCACAAAAAAGAAAAGAAGAAUCUCUUUACUCAGUUAAUCUGGGUAAGUGGCUAACUCAAGAGAAAAGAGUGCAGAGCGAUCUCUAUGUGGAGAGACUGACUAAUGUUUACCUGGUUACAGUGUGUGUUUUAACGUACAAGAAAUGGGAAUAGCUGAACCCGAAGUACAUCGUCGUAGUGUGUGCUAUUUUUCUGUUUUUUGUUUGUUUGUUUGUUUUUGGGGUUUUUUUUUCUGAUCAUGAAGUAGAUACUUGAUGGAAAAAAAGUUUGAACUAUUUUAAUCUUUGCAUUUAGUCUCUUGGCAUUGUCUUCUAUUAAUGUCCGGUGUCUUUAGUAUUUAUAAUAUUCACAAAAAGCGGGUAUAAGAAAAAUUAUAUUUAACGUCCCCGACAUUUUAUCGAUCAUUCUUUUCUAAACUUUAGACUUCUAUGAUGGCUGUCUCUUUCGAUAAAGUGAAAAGCGUCACUUGCUCCGACCAACGCAGACACAUUGUGAAGUUUUCUUUGCGUACCUGGCGCACGGUGGGACCGCAGGAUUGGCGCACGGCGACCGGGCUGCUGCCUUUACAAACGCCUGCUUUUAAACUUUGUAAAGAAAAGAGACAGAGAUAUACUUAUUGUGUAUAGAGUACAGACAAAACUGGUAUGCAUAUUUUGUAACAUGGAAGAAAAAAAAAAGAUUUGAGAUUUGUCAUGUUUGUGAAUGCACUUUUUAAAGGAACGGUCUUGUCUGUGAGUUAUAAUCUGACUGAACUCUCUCGAAUUCUCUUUCCCCCUCUCUCUCUCCCUCUCCCUCUCUCUCUCCCUCUCCCUCUCUCUCUCUUUCUCUCUCCCUCUCAUUUUGCCUGUGGGGUUUUUACACGCGAGUCAUUGGGAGCUCUGGAACAGGGGAGAGGGCGAGACAGCUAUCUUCAGUCGCAUCUAAACUCAAAUAAAAUUGUGAGAACGGA